ACGUGUAGUGACGUAUACAACAUCAUAUGAUGCCAGUCAGUGGGAGUUCCUACUAGGCUGGGACUUUGGUUAAACUCUCUUGCUUACCCUGAGUCCGACGUCGCCUGCUGCCGCAGCACUACUUUGUUCUCUUCUCACUCCGUAUCUCGUUGGUGCUCUAUUUGCAUAUAGUUCGGUUUAGUAUAAACGUCAGUCAUGCUCUCCCGAGUAUUGACAGUCCUUGCUGUAUUAUUAGCAACAUUCAUCUAUCGGAGUGGUCGUCUUGUUAAACAUGGCAUCUUCACUCUUCCUGCACUACCCUCAUCAUACUAUGUCAAUGGCGAUGUCCAUACGCACUGCACAAUUCUUCAAGAGCCAGCCCAUACCCUUGAUUACUGCGAAGACAUGACUUUCUGGGACCACCUGGAUACAGGUGGCACUGUAACUGCCCGUUUCAUUAUAGCGGGAUGCGACCCUAACCGCAAAGCAUGGAACACAGUCAUGGGUCCCCUGCGCAAUCCCGAACCAAGGGCCUACCUUUGGCUGAUCGAUACAGUAGACAAUAGCCUACAGCGUAUUGAGUUGGAUGGAUACCCGGAAGAACAUAACUUCCACCCACUUGGGAUGGAAGUCACACCCUCUCAGGAUGGGGCCCCAUCUGUUCUUUAUGUAGUCAAUCACGCACGUGAAGAGACAACAAUUGAGCACUUUACCAUUUCCCCAGAUACCCCAACACAGGCACUCUGGAAACGCACACUUUCAUCGCCUUGGUUUGUGUCUCCUAAUGCCUUGGCCCUAACGAGCGAGACGUCGUUCUACGUCAGCAAUGACCAUCUCAUGACUCGUCGACUUCCUUUCCCCCUUGCACCCGCCCUGCCGCUGGUUGAGAGUGUUGCUGGACUGCCCCUAGGCUGGCUUGCACAUGUCACAGUCAACCCUGAUGGCACAAUCACGCACGAAAUAGCCGCUCUCGGUGUGGCCUUCGCCAAUGGCGUCGCCAUCUCCCCAGACGGCACGACUCUCGCACUGUCUUCUACUUCUCUUGGUCAUGUCUACUUCUACGACCGCAACAUGACCACAAAUGCACUCAAAUACAGGGAGACCGUUAGCCUCCCCUUCUUCAAUGACAACAUCAUGUUUGACGAGGAGGGCGCACUCAUCGUCACAGGGCAUCCACAUUUCCCAUCUCUCAUUGCCGUUGCUGCCAACAAAACAGAUGCGCGCGCGCCAAGUUGGGCCGUCUCGCUCACUCCCCUUUCAAACAAAACACAUUUUGCAAAGAGCGCACAUGCAGCAGAUAGGAAAUACGAUUUACGUGCGCCGUUGUCGGUAUCAGAAGUUGUCCCGGCUAGUGAAGAAUGGGAAGUGGAAACACUGUUCCAGAGCGACGGAAGUGUAUUUGGAACAUCGUGCACGACACUCAGGGAUUCGAGGACCGGCUCAUUGUACAUGGUGGGCCUGUACGAGGAAGGGUUAAUGGUUUGUAGGCCAUAGUUGGCGGCUAUUUUUGGAACGUGUACGCAAUUUCAACACUGGUCUCUGUAACCUGAUGUACUAGUACCUACUUAUGCCACACACAUGCUAAA